AUGCCUCUCAUACUCGACACCCCCUCAGAAUCAUCGGUAGAGUUGGAUGCAGACUUCCAGGAAGAGAGACGGAAGGUCCACCACGAUGCGGAUGUUGUUAUCGUGGGCGCGGGCAUCGUGGGAUCUUCGUUGGCAGUGGCGUUGGCAAAUCAAGGGCGCAGUGUCAUUCUCCUUGAGAAAUCACUGAAAGAGCCGGAUCGCAUAGUCGGAGAACUUCUGCAACCGGGUGGUGUGCAGGCAUUGACGAAGCUGGGCUUGCGCCAUACGCUCGACGACAUCGAUGCGAUUCCUGUCAAGGGGUAUACCGUGGUUUAUUAUGACGAGCAGGUGCCCAUUCCCUAUCCUGCUGCGAACGGCGAAGCACAGCAUCCAGCUGCGGGAAAGCCGGGAAAUGUCAAAAGAGCAGAGGGACGGUCAUUCCACCACGGCCGAUUUGUUUCUCGCUUGCGCGCAGCGGCAAUGUCACAUCCCAACAUUACCGUCUUCGAGACCGAAGCCACUUCGCUCAUAGCGUCCCCUCAUACCGCCGAGAUCCUCGGAGCCGAAUCUAUCACUCAAAAAACACAAAAGGAUUACUUUUUUGCGUUGUUGACCGUCAUCUGCGACGGGUACGCCUCCAAAUUCCGGAAGUCAUACAUUUCUCACACGCCCAAAGUCAAGUCGAAAUUUUGGGGAUUGGAACUCAUUGACUGUCCUCUCCCAAUUCCGCAACAUGGCACAGUGGUCUUGGGGGACAAUGCUCCUGUAUUGCUCUAUCAGAUCGGCACCCACGAGACUCGAGCGCUGGUGGAUAUACCAGAGGGGUUGGCAUCUACAUCGACAGCCAACGGUGGCGUCAAAGGUCAUCUACAGAAGGUGGUGCUCCCAUCUCUACCGGCUAUGGUGCAACCUUCGUUCCAGGCCGCUUUGGAGAAAGGCAAUCUUCGAAGCAUGCCCAACUCCUUCCUUCCUCCAACAACCAAUACAACUCCAGGUCUAGCCAUUCUGGGAGAUGCCAUGAACAUGCGCCAUCCGUUAACUGGCGGCGGUAUGACGGUCGCUUUGACUGACGUCGUCUUACUGUCCGAGUUACUCUCUCCAGCAAAAGUCCCAGAUCUCGCCGAUACCCGGCUUGUCCUCAGGCAGUUCCGCACCUUUCACUGGCGGCGAAAGGGGUUGAGUUCCGUGAUCAAUAUCCUAGCGCAAGCGUUGUACUCGCUGUUUGCAGCCGAUGACUGGCAACUCAAGUAUUUGCAGAGAGGAUGUUUUCGAUACUUCCAACGGGGCGGCAAAUGCAUUGACGAGCCGGUGGGGUUACUGGGAGGUAUCAUCCCGCAACCGUUUGUGCUGUUUUAUCACUUUUUUAGCGUGGCGUUGUUGAGUAUCUGGGUCCUCAUUCAGGAGAAGGGAUGGCUUUUGCUGCCGGUCAGUGUGUUUCAGGGAGUGUUGGUGUUUUUGAAGGCGUGUGAGGUUAUUUUUCCGUACAUAUUUGCCGAGUUGAGGCGGUGA